CCUGAUGAGGAGGGAUCAGAGGGUCCCAUCACACCCCAUUACGGUGGCUAAUCAGGAAGAAGGGCUGCUACUGUUGUUGUUUAGAAUAAUUAAAAUAAAAACAGUUGGAGAAUUCAGCACUGGAAAGCCCGGUCUCAGAAACCAGAGACCCUGCAAAAGACCCUACAGUCCAAGUCCACUUGGAAAGCCCCAGGCUGAGGCCCCCAUAAUGAAAUCCCAACUGAAAUUCUCCGCUGAGCUCCGAGACAGAAGUCCCUCACGGAGGCACAUAGGCUAAGCAAACCUGGGCAGAAUUUUCCCCUUUCCCUGCUCAGCCCGCACCACAGCACACUUCCCAGGGCUUCUCUUCCACCUCCUUCCUGCUGGGCUCGGGGAGGGGGUGUAACCAAGAAAAACAUAGGGCAGCCAGUUGCCGCCCAGGAGACAGAGGGCGCCUCUGUCCACUCCUGGCCCCUGGCCCUUGACGGUGUCAUUUGUGAAGGGGUGGAGCCGGCGGGGAGGAGGGUCCGCAGGGAAAGACAGCAAAAGACAGGUUUCCCCUCACCGCUCCAGGUGCCACAUUUGCAGCCUGCCUGUCUGUCGAGAACUUGCUGCCACCUCAGGCCCAGUCAACCGUAGGUGUGCUGCUGAAAUGGGCUCUGAGCUGGAGACUGCCAUGGAGACCCUCAUCAAUGUGUUCCAUGCCCAUUCGGGCAAGGAGGGGGACAAAUACAAGCUGAGCAAGAAGGAGCUGAAAGACCUGCUACAAACUGAACUCUCCGGCUUUCUGGAUGUCCAGAAGGAUGCAGUUGCUGUGGACAAGGUAAUGAAGGAACUGGAUGAAAACGGAGACGGGGAGGUGGACUUCCAGGAGUAUGUCGUGCUGGUAGCUGCUCUCACAGUGGCUUGUAACAACUUCUUCUGGGAGAACAGCUGAGCACAUGGCCCCAGUGGGCAGUGCCCUUCCUCUCCACCUUGUCAGGCUUCCCCCUUUAGCCCAUUUCUCCUCACCCCACCUGUACCUCCCCAUGUCUCUAUCCUUACCCAGUCUCUCACCAAGGGCACAAGAGUAGUGGUCCAGGUCUGCCGUGCACUUUAAUAAAUAGGUUUCCCUCACCAGCUGUCAA